AUGGCUUUCAAUAUUACUUAUAUAAGUAUUAACCAAUCGAAAACUUAUGGUUAUAUCAGUUUAUUAAGUGAUGAUGAAAUGUUAGACGCAGCUUUAAUACUAGGCGCAUCACUCAGAAACACAUUGACUUCAUAUCCAUUAAAUAUACUUACGUUGUCUGAUGUAAGCAUGAAUGCUCGAAAACAGUUAUUAAAUUCAAAUAGCGGUAUCAUUUCUCUAAUUGAUGUAAAACAAUUAGAAUAUCGUUUUAAUACUUUAUCAAUGAAUACAUCUCGAAAUAUAGUGUGUGGAUUCAAUAAAUUACAUUUGUGGAAUCUUGUUAAUUACACUAAAUUGAUUUAUUUGGAUAUUGAUACGAUGGUUGUUCAAAAUAUAGAUGAUUUAUUCGAAAAACCAGAAUUAAAUGCUGCACUUGAUAUAGGUGGAGUUGUGAAUACAGGUGUGUUCGUCGCUCAAUCUUUAUUGAAAACUUUUAACGACAUGAUGUUGUUGUAUAAAAUGUCAUCAUCAAGUUACAAUCGCGAUGAUCAACGUUUUAUCAAUUGGUACUUCACAAAUAGAAGUAACAGUAAAAUUCAUUAUUUACCUCUGGAAUAUAAUCGUAUCAGCUGGCAUAAAGAUUAUCAAAUAUGGGAUGAAGUACAAGCACAAGCUAAAAUAAUUCAUUUUGCUGGCAAGAGUAAACCAUGGUCAUUUUUUUAUAUGCCACAUAGAAACUGGGAACGAAAUAUAGAAGGACAAUUAUUUUAUAAAUGGAAACAGAUGUUUGAAAUUGUUCAAAAAACAAUCAAACAGAAAGGUUAG